UGUACGUUAUGAAGAGAAACCAGAGUAAGUACGGCCCGCUCCUCGACAGCAGCCCAAGGAGCCCAGUCGUCCCAGCCACAACCUUCACGGUGAGCCUCACUCACGCCUCAUACGUGAGGUUCAUCUCUGUAUCCCGUCUUCUACUUUCGUCCUACUUCUGAUCUCCCCGCCCAAAAGCCUUUUCUGAAUUGGAUUGGCUUGUCUUACUUUAGCUGUAGCCAAUCAAAAGGCUCCGAUCUAUUGCAGCGUUUGAUUUGCUGUCCUAUAUUCAAACUGUCAUUCUCUGAUUGGCUGCAUGGCCCCUAGCCCUCCAGCAGCGAAACUCGGCCCAUUCUUGGUCAUUCUUCAUUGAACGUCGUAUCUGCAGAAAGAGAGAAGAGAGUAACGUUAUGAAAUAUACGUUAUCAUGUAAUAAUGGACUUCAUCCUUGUGUCCCACCAGAAGGAGAGAGAAGGUGGGGACACGUCCCAGUCGCCCCUUUCCGCCAAUAAAGAUGCCCUCACCUCCUACGCACAGCUGUUCCCCCAGAUGACGGCAGCCAUCCAGCAGCGUAGGAUGCGUGAGGGCACUCUGUCGGUGAGGGGCAUGGACCAGAUGCUGGUGGGGUUCGGUGCUCAUGCCAGGGAGACGGCAAUCCCUGUAUGAGUCAACCAGCAGCGAGAGUCAAACCUAUGUGCAGUGGCUGAGGAAGCAGAAAGUGAAGGUGGGGUCCCGGAUGCACACGCUGCAGGCAUACAUGCUGGGCCGGGACAUGGCUGCACAGCAGACAGCACUGCAGCCUUCAUCAAGCGCUGCUGCAUCCGCGGACCCCUCAGAGCCUUCGGACGACGUGCUCCUCGCCGCCGCCAUGGAGGUUGACUCUCAGCUUGUCAGGGACGCCCCACCAGCUGUCUCCCCGCCUGGACCCUCCCUGCCGCCUGCUGUCCCCCCUGCUGGCGACGGCCCGGGGCAGCUGGCAAACCUGGCCUCCAGCUCUGGCGCAGAGCUGCUGCCAAGGAGCUGGAGGCUGACACUGCCCGAGGAGCAACAGGACUGGCUGGGCCGGGCCCGGUUCACCAGAGGUGCAGGCGGGCAGCCCGUCCUCACCAGCGAGCUCCGCCUGUGGUGGUUCCCCCCCGGAGACCGGCCCCUCUACACGCAGCCCCCCACCUCGGCCCACGCCUUCUUCCAGAGCCGGUUCUUCCUGUGGGCACCCUACAGGAUGUGGGCAUACAGGCUUGUAUGCCCCACCUGUGGACGCAGACUGACCGACGCUGGCCUGUACAAGACCGUCCGGAGGGUCUUGGACAGAGCAGCUGGUAUUUCAUGGGCACGGAGUACCUGGAGUGCUGUUCAUGUCACAGGAAGUAUGCGGCGUGGGCGCAGAACAUCAUGGAGCAGCUGGACCUGGCACACCAGGAGCGUUUUCCAGCUGUUCUCACGUACAAGUUGUCCUGCGAUAAGACGGUGAUUGGGCUGCUAAAGGAGCGCACUUUGGGGAACAGUGCGUCUUGCCUCUGCGCUGCUUUGGUGGAGCAGCACACCAGAGAGUG